AUGGACAGUUUGGAAUAUGACAAUGUCAUUGCAGAUAUUGAACUUAUGGUCGAUAUGACAUGUCAGUCAUGUGUCAAGGAGAUCACAGUGAGCAUCGAGAACAAUCUUAGGUCCACCAGGGUUCUGACCGUUGAUGUACCUGAACAGAGACUCGUGGUCAGAGGCACUGACCUCUCAAUAGACGUCAUAGAUACUAUAAAGUCAACUGGAAGAAGUGCUAUCAUUGCUGGUUUUGGUUCAAAGGGCUCUGCUGUGUGUUCAGUUGGUGUGGCACCCGAUGGCUGGGAGAAGGGCUGUGGUGGUGCUGGUGGCGAAGGAGUCACUGGUGUGCAUGGCAUCAUCAGAGUCAUUGAAAUCGAUACACCAUCCUCAGGCAGUGGACUUUUGUUUGAAGGAAGGAUUGGUGGACUUCAACCUGGUGCUCAACAUUCAUUAGUGGUACAUCAAUUCGGUGAUCUCACCAAAGGUUGUGACAAUGUUGGUCUGCCCUACAAGCCAACAACUACAAACAAACAAUCGACUGGUACACUGGGUACAACAAUCACAAGUGAAGAAGGAAAGACACAAUUUAGAAUAUUUAACAAGGAUUAUGAUAUAUGGGACUUGAUUGGACGCUCAAUAGUACUUCACUCGGUCAAUCCCCAAACAAAGGAGUCAAACAAACGAUUGGCUUGUGGAAUCAUAUGUAGAGCUGCCACUGUUGGCCAGAAUCCAAAGAAGAUAUGUCCAUGCGACAAUCAACCAACUUUAACAAUCGCAGAGCAACAACAACUCGAACAGCAACAACAGCAACAAUCGAACCUC